AUGCCGCGUCACCUCUCGGGACUGCUCCUGCUGCUCUGGCCGCUGCUGCUGCUGCUGCCGCCGCCGGCCCCCGCCGCCCCCGGCCCCCUGACCCGGCCGGGCUGGCGGAGGCUGGGCACGCGCGGCCCAGGGGGCAGCCCCGGGCGCCGCCCCGCUCCGGCCGCCCCCACCCGCGCGCCCCUUCCCGGGGCCGGCCAGCCCGGCGGGGCCCGCGGCGCAGGUGUUUGCAAGAGCAGGCCGUUGGAUUUGGUGUUCAUCAUCGAUAGUUCUCGCAGUGUGCGGCCCCUGGAGUUCACCAAGGUGAAAACCUUUGUCUCCCAGAUAAUUGACACUCUGGACAUUGGGGCGGCGGACACACGGGUGGCAGUGGUGAACUAUGCUAGCACUGUGAAGAUUGAGUUCCAUCUGCAGACCUACUCGGAUAAGCAGUCCCUGAAGCAGGCCGUGGCCCGGAUCACACCCUUGUCUACAGGCACCAUGUCAGGCCUGGCUAUCCAGACAGCCAUGGAUGAGGCCUUCACCGAGGAGGCAGGUGCUCGGGGGCCCACUUCCAACAUCCCUAAGGUGGCCAUCAUUGUGACAGACGGGAGGCCCCAGGACCAGGUGAACGAGGUGGCGGCUCGGGCCCGGGCAUCUGGUAUUGAGCUGUAUGCUGUGGGCGUGGACCGGGCAGACAUGGAGUCCCUCAAGAUAAUUGCCAGUGAGCCACUAGAUGAGCAUGUUUUCUACGUGGAGACCUAUGGGGUCAUUGAGAAACUUUCCUCUAGAUUCCAGGAAACCUUUUGUGCUUCGGACCCGUGCGCACUUGGCACACACCAGUGCCAGCACGUGUGUGUCAGUGAUGGGGACGGCAAGCACCACUGUGAGUGUAGCCAAGGAUACUCCUUGAACGCUGAUAUGAAGACAUGUUCAGCUAUUGAUAAGUGUGCCCUUAAUACUCAUGGAUGCGAACACAUCUGUGUGAACGACAGGACUGGCUCUUAUCAUUGUGAGUGCUAUGAAGGCUAUACCUUGAAUGAAGACAAGAAGACAUGCUCAGCUCAAGACCAGUGCGCUUUUGGUACACAUGGCUGCCAGCACGUUUGUGUGAAUGACAGAGCUGGGUCCCAUCACUGUGAAUGCUACGAGGGCUAUACUCUGAAUGCAGAUAAUAAAACAUGUUCGGUUCGCAGCAAGUGUGCUCAGGGCUCUCACGGUUGCCAGCACAUUUGCGUGGAUGAUGGGGUGGCCGCCUAUCACUGCGACUGUUACCCCGGCUACAUCUUGAAUGAAGACGACAAGACGUGUUCAGCCAUUGAAGAAGCACGAAGACUCAUCUCCACAGAAGAUGCUUGUGGAUGUGAAGCCACACUGGCAUUCCAGGAUAGGGUCAACUCAUAUCUACAGAGAUUGAAUGCCAAACUUGAUGACAUUUUGGGGAAGUUGCAAGCAGAUGAAUACGGACAAGUACGUCGUUGAAGUACUCAGAUUUUUCACCUGGAAAUACCAAGAGCUUGAUUUACUUCAUAUUUUUGCAUACUUCAAUGUUCCUGCUAAUAAUUUGCCAUUGCAAAUGCUUGAAUAUUACUGGAUAAGUAGUAUGAGGGUCUUUUUGGAGAAUCAGUAUUAUUUUUUUAAGGAAAUAAACGUUCAGAUCCUUAAGAGCAAACUUUAGUGUCUCUAAGCUAUGACUGUGAAAUGAUUCAUAGGAAAUAGAAUGAAAAGUUUAAUAUUUCUUUAUUUACCAAUUGAGCCAUUUAAUUUUUAAAUGUUUAUUUCAUUCAUUCCAUUCUUACGAUGGAAACUUUUGAUCUAUUUUCUUUUGGUAGUAUUUAUAGUAUAAACCAGUUUUAUUAUGGAGAGUGUAAAUUAUACAAAGUAUUUACACAUUAAAAAGCUCAUAUAAUUAAACUGAGGUGAAUAUAAUUUAGAACUGUUUCUUUAAGGAUUUGUUUUUUGCUCACUUUUUGCUGGAGUAUUACUGAAGCUGUGAUCAAGGGAUUGUAACACACAUAUCUAGAUCAAGUGAACAUUACAUGAAACAUUAUAUAAGAAACACAUAACUAAAGACUUUAGUUUUGAAUCUAAGAGUAUUAUAAACUUUUUACCAAGGACAAAAAAAAAAUCUUACCUUAUCUUUACUGUUUGACUUUAGGAUCCAAUCAAUAAAAUUAUGUACCUAGAAAUACUGCUCUAACAAGUAACCACACACCUAAUGGUGACUUUUUAAAGUUUAAGCGUAACUUUUCUUACAUACUUGGUAUAUGUCUUUUUUUUUUCAGCUUGAGAGCUUAUAGUUUUUAGAAGGGAACAGUCUUUUAAAUUGUGACUACUCAAUUUUUCUUUUUUUUUGGUUUCUAUUGUCUUUAGUAUAAUAAAAAAGUUACUGUCUUUA